GUCUGGAAGCAGCCCUGAGUCACCACCACCAUGCAGCUGGCAGAGGCGAAGUGCCCCUGGCCCCAGAGGCAAUAACUACACCUGAGGAGCAGCCCUCACUGGAAUGAAGAAUGGGUUUCAACCCUUAUCGGUUAUUAAGAGGAUCAGCUGUAUUCCUGCUUCUAGCCCUUCUGGUUUUCAUGGCUAUGCUCUCCUCUGCUGAACGUGGGUGCCCUACAGGAUGUAGGUGUGAUGGAAAAAUGUUUUAUUGCGAGUCUCAGAAGCUGCAGGAAAUCCCUUCAUCAAUAUCUGCUGGAUGUAUCGGGUUAUCUCUUCGAUAUAACAGCCUCUACGUCCUGAAAUAUAAUCAAUUCAAAGGUCUUAAUCAGCUUACAUGGUUGUACGUAGACCACAACCACAUCAGCAGCAUAGACGAGAACGCGUUCAGUGGGAUCCGUCGAUUAAAGGAGCUGGUUCUGAGCUCUAACAGGAUAUCUCAUCUGCUGAAUAACACCUUCAGACCUGUGACUAACCUGAGAAAUCUAGACUUGUCCUACAACACCAUGCAAAAACUUGGACCUGGCCAAUUUAAGGGCUUGAGGAAACUGCAGAGCUUACACUUGAGGUCUAAUUUAUUAAGAAACGUUCCAGUUAGAAUAUUUCAGGAUUGCAGAAAUCUAGAACUUCUGGAUCUAGGUUAUAACAGAAUCCGGAGUUUGGCCCGAAAUGUUUUUACAGGUAUGAUCAGAUUGAAGGAACUGCAUUUAGAGCACAAUCAUUUCUCCAAACUCAACUUAGCUCUUUUCCCUAGGCUGGUUAGUCUACAGAACCUCUACCUACAAUGGAACAGGAUCAGUUUCAUAGGACAAACCAUGUCAUGGACUUGGACCUCACUACAAAGACUCGAUUUAUCUGGCAAUGAGAUUGAGGCAUUCAGCGGCCCGAGUGUAUUUCAAUGUGUCCCGAACCUUCAGAGGCUUAACCUGGAUUCUAAUAAGCUGACCUUUAUAGGCCAGGAGAUCUUGGACAGCUGGGGAUCUAUGACAGAUGUUGGCCUGGCAGGGAAUAUCUGGGAGUGUAGCCGAAAUAUCUGCUCCUUGGUCAACUGGUUAAAAAGUUUUAAAGGCUUACGAGACAACACCAUUCUUUGUGCCAGCCCAAAGGAUCUGCAGGGGGUCAACGUCAUCCAGGCGAUCAAAAGCUACAAUAUUUGCAGCAAAAAUGUGACUGAAAGCAGGGAACUGAAAACCACUGGGCGGAAUACAACAGUGAAACACAAAAUUACAAGAACUAAACACGAAAGUAACCAUUCAACGCCUCCGACUGUCGGAGUGACAGCACCUGGCUAUGAUACCAGCGGGGAUGCUCAUAGUGUUUCUUUACAUAAAAUAAUAGCAGGGACUAUUGCUCUGUUCCUGUCAGUAUUAGUGAUAUCCUUAGUAAUCUACGUGUCAUGGAGAAGGUCUCCAGCAGGUGUAAAGCAUCUGCAGCAGGCAACUCUUAUGAAAACUCACAGCCAAACAAAAAGAUCAUCCCUAACACAAAUUAGCCUAACACCACAGGAGUUUUAUGUAGACUACAAGCCGGCAACUAGCAGAGAAACUUGUGAAUCCAUAAGCAGCACUGGACCCUGCACCUUUACCAAAACAGGUUCCAGGGAAUGUGAGGUAUAA